AUGGCGAAGCCGCCCCCUGCUCCGCCUCCGUCGGCCACCGCCCAGCCGGCCCCCGUCGCCCCGCCUCCAUCCGCUGCCCCGCCGGCCCCCGUCGCCCCGCCUCCGUCCGUGCCGCGCCCGACCUCCGCCAUCCCGCAGCCGCCGCCCGCCCGCCCGAGCGAGGCGCAAGUCGCUCGACGGUGGCCACGACGCACGUCGGAGCAAAGCGGCGGCAUGCUGGCCAGCACGUCGUUCAGCCGCCCCGCCCCGUCGCCCGGCCCCGGCCCCCGUCGCCCCGGCGAAGCCGCCGAGCAAGGCGCCGCCCAAACACCCGUCACUUGGGCCCAAGGGUGCGGCUGCCAAGCCGGCCGUGAAGAAGACAACCGCCCGGAAGAAGCUCACCGCUCCCACGCCCGCGAUCGCCGACACGCCGCCCGUCGUGCACGAGGUGCUUGGAUAAUACCCGCAACAUCAUUCAUGGGGCUUCUCCAAGACGCGGAGGUGGACAUCGGGGCUGCUCCUCUCGAGUCUUUUGGGUUUGGUGGUGAGGAGGAGGAAGAGGGUGAUGAGGAGGAGGAAGAGGGUGAUGAUGAGGAGGUGACCGAGAUAGAGGAGGAGGCGUUCACCGCCGUUGCCCGCCCCACCCCGCGCUCGACAAACUAUACCGAGGCCGAAGAUAUUCUCUUGUGGAAGUUGAGGGAUCAAGAGACCGCGCCCAAGAAGGCGGCAAUGCUUAGGAUGGAUGAUAGUGAUGAGGAGGAAAGGAACUUGUGCAAGCCCGAGGGAACCAAGAAGGCAAAGCUAAGGAUCAAGAUGGAAGGAGAGGCGUCAAGCUUAAGAGAGAAGAUGGAGCAAAUGAUGAAGUCUAGGGAGACAUUGACAAUGAAGACAUUGGAGACAAAGCUUCUUAUCACCGAGAAGAAGAAAGAGGUGAAGCUUGCACAAGUUGAAGCACGGCGUGAACAAGCGAAGCGCAAGGCCGAUAUGGAGGAGAGGAUACUCAAGCUCAAGGAAGCAAAGGCAUGGAAAGAGAUCAUGGCCGAGGAGAAGGAGCACAUGAUGAUGUGCAAAAAGGACAUGGAUGAAGACCAAUUGGCGUGGUGGAAGGAGACCAAGGAGGACAUCGCCGAGAGGAAGAGGCUACUUCGUGGUGCGUCCUCUACUCUUCGAGGUGACACUCCGAUGAGUUGUGGUGGCGAUGGCGGUGUGGAGGACUCCACCACCGGUGCCUAUGGAGGUGCUUGA